AUGCAACGACCUCUCGAUGCCAAGGUAAACUAGAAGGUUAACUAGUCUUUUAUGGAUAAAAAUUAUCUCCUCAUAUAUCAAGAAUAUUAUUUUUGUACCCGAUUCGAUUGCUUGUAGCAGACAUGAUUUCGUUAAGAAUUUUGGUGUUUUGUGCUUUUGUGGUUUGCAAGGCGUUGGUUGUUGAAGAAAUUUGCGAGACACCACUCGCCACUGCAGGUCUUUGUGUGAACCUGCAAGAGUGUCCAUCGAUAUACGCGAUGUCCACCGAUUUUGGCAGCCAGCUCACUCUGGACAGACUGAAUUUUCUGAUACGAUCUCAAUGCGGAUAUCUCGGCAACAAUCCGAAAGUAUGCUGCCCAGCCACAGAAGUUGCUCGAUAGGAAUCAAGAUGAAAAUGGAUGCUUCUUAUACAGUGUGUAUCAGCCAAGUGGAAACAAUUCGAUAAUGAAUA